AUGGUAUACAUCACUGUUGUGACUGGCGUGGCUUCAGGGGUUGGACGCGCUAUUGCUAUCCUCUAUGCACACCACGGAGCCAUGCUCAUCUGUGCCGACCUGCGCCCUGAUAUUGAUUCCGAACGUUCGGGUCAGCCGCCUGAGAUAUCCACACAUGCACCGAUUAAGGAGCGUGACGGAAAAGCCGCGGCGGAGGUCGAGACCCUGGUCGCCGAAGCUGUCAAGCAAUACGGGAAACUAGACAUGUGA